AUGGCUUCCCAGAAGAAGGUGCUCAUGCUCGGAGCCGGCUUCGUCACGAAGCCGACUCUUGAUAUCCUAAGCGAUGCCGGCAUCUCCGUCACCGUCGGUGACCUCUCCUCUCGCCCAGCUUGCCGAACCCUCGAGUCCGCCCAGAAGCUCUCCAAGGGCGUUGCCAAUGCCCACCCGGUCUCCAUCGACGUCAACGACUCGGCUGCUCUCGAUGCCGCCGUCGCCCAGCACGACCUGACCAUCAGCUUGAUCCCCUACACCCACCACGCCACCGUCAUCAAGUCGGCCAUCCGCAACAAGAAGCAUGUCGUCACCACCAGCUAUGUCUCCCCCGCCAUGAAGGAGCUUGACGCCCAGGCCAAGGAGGCUGGCAUCACCGUCAUGAACGAGAUCGGCCUGGACCCCGGCAUCGACCACCUCUAUGCUGUCAAGACGAUCGACGAGGUCCACCAGGCCGGCGGCAAGAUCAUCUCCUUCCUGUCCUUCUGCGGCGGCCUGCCCGCUCCCGAGGACUCGGACAACCCCCUCGGAUACAAGUUCUCGUGGUCUUCGCGCGGUGUCCUGCUCGCUCUUGGCAACAACGCCCGCAUCUACCGCGAUGGCAAGGUCGUUGAGAUUGCCGGCAAGGAGCUGAUGGGUGCCGCCAAGCCCUACUUCAUCUACCCCGGCUACGCCUUUGUCGGCUACCCCAACCGUGACUCGACCGGCUACAAGGAGCUGUACAACAUCCCCGAGGCCCAGACCGUCAUCCGUGGCACCCUGAGGUACCAGGGCUUCCCCCAGUUCAUCCGCGUGCUCGUCCAGAUCGGCUUCCUCUCCGAGGAGAAGAACGAUGCCCUCACCCAGCCCAUCGCCUGGAAGGAGGCCACCAAGCUGGUUGUCGGCGCCUCUUCCUCGAGCGAGGCCGACCUCAAGGCCGCCAUCCUGUCCAAGGCCACCUUUGACUCGGACGAGGAGAAGACGCGCAUCAUCAACGGCCUCAACUGGAUCGGUCUCUUCUCGGACGAGAAGAUCACGCCCCGCGGCAACCCGCUCGACACUCUCUGCGCCACCCUGGAGGCCAAGAUGCAGUACGAGGAGGGCGAGCGCGACAUGGUCAUGCUGCAGCACAAGUUUGAGAUUGAGCACAAGGACGGCAGCCGCGAGACCCGGACCUCGACCCUGGUCGAGAACGGCGACCCCAAGGGCUACUCCGCCAUGGCCAAGCUGGUCGGCGUCCCCUGCGCCGUCGCCGUCAAGCAGGUUCUCGACGGCACCAUCUCGGACAAGGGCGUCCUGGCGCCCAUGAACACCAAGCUCAACAACCCCAUCAUGAAGGAGCUCAAGGAGAAGUACGGCAUCUACCUGGUCGAGAAGACUUUAUUUUCGCUCAACAAGAGAGUUUGGGGAAGGCGGCGCACGCCAAGGAUGGUGCAGUACAUCUUCACGCCAUGGCGCGACCGCCGGGAGCUGCUCAUGGUGCGCCGGCAAUUCUACCCAGACGAGGCGGCCGCCCUUGCGUCGCCGUCGCCAUCGUCCUCGUCCUCCCGCCGUCGGCACCAACAACAAUCACGAGCGGCAGCGAGCGACAAGAGCAAGGCGGACGCGCAGAAGAGGGCCGCCGUGGCGCGCGUGUCCAUGUGGAUGCAGCGCGGCAACUGCCCGCACAUGGUCGAGUCGACGGCGCUGCUGGCGGCCGCCGUCCUCGGCGACGAGGCCGCGCGCGGCGACGCGGCGGCGGCGUAUGCGGUGCGGGCUAGCUACUGCGCGGCGUUCAGCCGCUUCGUGACGGGCCUGCUCGACGGGCACCAGGACAGGCAGCGCAAGCUGAGCAUGUACUCGGUGGCCAAGACGAUCGGCCUGCCGGCGACGUACGUCGAGCUGCGGCACCAGGCGACGCACGAGCAGCUGCCGAGCCUGGUGCGCCUGCGGCCCGCGGCGAGGGGCGCGCUGGCCUGGAUCUGGGGGUACUACUGGCGGCAGCUUGGGGAAGGGGGGGAGGAGGAGGAGGACGGAGAGGAGGGCAGGGCUGGUGGUGGUGAUGGUGAUGGUGCUGCGGGCGAGGCUGGCAGGUGCAAGGCUCUGCUGAUGGAGUAUCUCGCCCUCGAAGACGAGGAGGAUGGCAGCGGAACGAGGGAGAAGCUGUGGAAGCAGGUCCGCAGGUGGGAUGAUGCGCAUUUGCUACGGGCGCUGGCGGAGAUUGGGGAUGCUACGGCGGACCACGGGCUCAUGAUCAGGUCUCUGAAGCUAUCUAGGGAGAUCGUGGGGAGGCAGGAGAAGCAGCAGCAGCAGGAGGAGGAGGAGCAAGAGGAGCAGUCGGGGGCACAGGAGGAGGAGGCGCCGCCGAUGAGCGACCUCGACCGGAUCAAGGCGGAGCUGGAGCAGUCGAGGCGGGAGCUGCAGGCGCUCGAGCACCCGGAUGUUGAUGUCGACAUGCGGGAUGAGGAGACGGACAGUGAAGGCAAGGUGGACGUCGUCAAGGUAGGCGGCGAUGAGGAUCAGGACAUGGGAGACGAAGGCGAGGAGAAGCCUCCACCACCUGGGCCGGCAUUAUGGACGCGAUAUCAAGGCCCAUGGAAGCCGAAGCCCAUUGGCGUGGUCUGA